AUGGGUGCCAUUCCUGAGUACGACCCCGAGGAGCCCGUCGAGACCAAGCCCUUCAAGUUCGUGACAGGCUAUGACGCCCGUUUCCCCCAGCAGAACCAGACCAAGCACUGCUGGCAGAACUACGUCGACUACCACAAGUGUGUCACCGCUAAGGGCGAGGACUUCCGCCCAUGCCGCCAGUUCUACCACGCCUUCCGCUCUCUCUGCCCCAAGGCCUGGACCGACAGAUGGGACGGCCAGCGCGAAGCCGGCAACUUCCCCGCCCGUCUGGAGUAA